UGGGGAGUUCAGGCACUUUCAGAGGCUGCUGGAGAAGCGAAUGCGGCUGUACAACGCCAGGCUGCAACAUCAGGGCGAACCCUGCGAGAGGCGGGAGCGGCGUGACAGCUGCCCCAAGAGCCACCGCGAGCUGCUGGAGGCCAUCCCUGAGGCCCUGACCAUGCAGCCUCAGUGUCAGCGCCUGCAGCUCGGGAUGGAGGAGGGUGCUGGGCCUGUCAUGGACCUCCCACAACGUGGCCUUUUCAGGGUUUCAUCGGUCCAGUUCCAUAAAGCUGAUCGGCCCUGUCUCAACCGUCACAGCUCCAGCAGUGGAGCCCUCUUCAACCCCUCCCACGCCCAUGCCGCAGUCUCACGAAUGACUGCCCCUGUCCUCUCCACCUGCAGCACCCCCUCCAGCCACCGGAGACCACUAGUACCCAUGCAGCAGCACCACCAGGGCUCCAGUUCUGUGGGGCAUGCUGAGAAGAAGCCGAACGCUGCACCAUCGCCCUCCUCCGCAGGAGUACCGCCGCCGGGCCAGCCACCCAGCUUCCCCCUCCUACUGUGCAGCAACCCUGCACCACUGUGGAGGUGUCGCGCCAUGUAAUGUCCUGCCGCUGGGCCUGCCAGAAGAAGGUGAGCUAGUAGCAGGUGUGAUGGCUUCCCAACCAGCAGGCCUGGCCAUCUCACCCCAACAACACCCCACAUCUUUGGGGCAUAUCAGGGGUGCCAACACCCAUGAGAGAUGCUUUGACAACAAUCCUAACAGCCAGAUCACUCAUCACGACUGGUGGCACUCACAAGAAAGACGCUUGAUGCCUGAGCCUAUGGUGACAGAAAGGGACAUAGAGAUCGAGAGGGAACUGGAACAAAAAAGGCAAAUGCAAAAGGAGAAAGAGCUGGAGAGGGAGAGGGAGGCACAGAUUCAGGAGGAGAUGGACAGAGAGAGGCAGCAGGAGCUGGGGAGAUGCCGAGCCAGAGAGCAGCAGCACCUCCAGAGUUUGGUCCAUCCUCCUCAGGCUGGAGACGUCAACGACACCUGGCCGAAACCAGCCAGCCGUCAGUGUCAGGGUGGUGGGGGUGGCAGAGGUCUCUACAGCACCCUAGAGGGCCACACAGGGGCUGGCUCUGCUGCUGGAUGGGAUACAAAGAAAGGACACAUGAAUGCAAGUUCAAGCCCUAAUCCCAGCUCUGGUCUGCAGCCUAAACUUGAUCUAAGCUCCAAACCCAGCACAACCUCACGGAUCUCCAGGAGCCAGCUCUUGAGAGAUCGGGCGUCUCAGUUGGCGGAUGAACGCAGCGGGAUGAGCACAGAUGAGGAGACCAAUACCGACAUGCUGAUGGGUCGGUACUGGAGUCGAACGGAGAGGAGGGAACACUUCCUGUUGGCUCGUGAGCAGAGGCAGCAGCAGCUGCAGGCCAGAGGAGUGACUAUACGAGAUGCCAUCAGCAGGGGAGGAGCCAUCACAGGAGGAGGAGGAGCCUCUUUUGGAGAUGGAGGUAUGCUGGACAGCAGAGUGGGCGGAGCUUUUGCAGAAGGGCGGUGCAACACGGUCCUGGAGCUGAGUCAGAGGAAGCUGAGUCGUCUGAGGAACAGGAAGCUGUUGGAUGACUGGACGACAGUAGAGGAGCUGCUGACUCAUGGGACCAGGCUGGACAACCAGGAGGACAUGCUGUGUCCCAGCUCCCUGCUGACGGUCACCACCGUCUAACUGCAUGGACACCAUGUCUAACUGUAACUCUGUGUGUGAGUGUGUGUGAUGUUAAGCUAACAAUACGACAUUUUUGUCCUCUUGUUCUGUCUUUGCCAGAGUCAGAUGUGAAGAUGGAUAUCAGUUUCAUCUCUCUGUGUCCAGUACAGAGGUAGGUCCAGGUCUAGCUUAGCACAAAAACUGGAAGCAGGGGAAAACUACUAGCCUAGCUCAAUCUGACAAACAAACAGCAGUUAACUGGACUUGUUAAUCUUAGCUCAAUUUAUUUUAAAUAACAGCACAUUCUUAAGGGCAAAUUAUACUUUCAUACUGCAUCUGCAUAAAUUCCGUCAUCAAGCUAACUCAAGCCCAAAUUGUACUUUAGGAUGUUUUUAUGCCACCCCUAAAUAUAUGACUGUGCAGACUGUACGCACACCGUUUGCCAUCUACCCUAUUGCCAGUGCUCUUCUUUGAAGUAUUUUAGAGACUUCAGUUAUCCACAUCUCUGUACUUGAAGCACAAAGAUGAAACUGAUAUCCAUCUUCUCAUAUGACUUUGGGGAAGACAUGAGGAUUUACAGAAAUGUUGGACUGUUCCUUUAAUGAAUGUGCGCAAGAGAGGGAACCUCACUGUUAUCGCUGUACAUCACCUAAACUGAUAGCUUUAUGUGUGGGUGUGUCACCAUUGUACAGCACUCUGGACAAAAUGUGUGUGUCAGUGCAUGACGCUUGUAAUGACAAACAAUCUAACAAGGUCGGAUGAGCGUGUAUGUUUGCAUCAUGUGUUUCAUGCUACAUCUUAUGCUACAUGUAUUUCACAGAAUCUUUGACAAAAUUACAAAAAUUUGGGUUUGGACUCAAAUCCUCAAACAGACCAUGAGAUUUUGGGGAGCAAUACUGUUCUGCGUGAUGUACCUAGAAGUGCACUAACAAUAGAUCACAUACGACUACUUUUACAUCAGGGCCACAGAACACAUCAACUGUAGCAAUGCAGACAAUGACAACUGAGAUUUGAUACCAAAUCCUGAAUGGUUUUUAUAGAAACUCUGUUUACAAUUAAAAUAUCAAUCGGUGGGAGCUUUUGUAACUAAAAUGUUAAAAAACGCGACCUGAUUUACUUGCUUGUGUAACAUUAGUCAAACCGUGUUGAUCAGGGAUGGGGAACAAUGUACCACGGAGGUUUGCAGAGGAUUUCGACCACAGCUUUGAUCUGUAAAAUCAGCUGCUGUUGUGUUUUGGGUGGAGUUUAUGCUGCAUUCACAUCAUAUCAUUCAGACCGUACUUAUGUGCAGGUCAGUUAAACACAUUCACGCCAACCUCCAAGUUGUAAUUCUGAGUUGGAGGUAUCAGGAAUUUCUGACAGCUACGAUAUGUCCCACUUGGUGAAAAGAAGAAAUGACAACAAAAACAUUGGCAAAAUGGUUGCAAAGUCACCACCACUGGCAGUUACAUCUAAAUAAGAUCCACUAUUAAUACUGAUACUGAUUCAGAUAAUUAAAAAGCAGCUAUACACUUCUACAAAUUGUGUUAGGGACUUGUAACACAAAUCCGCAAUAGCAUAUCUAUUAUCUAAAACAAAUAGGUCAUACUAUAAAAAUAGGUAAUUUAGACUUAUUGUCAAUUUAUCUGUCACACGGCUAGCAACCAACUUGUUUCAAACAGCGCAUGGUUGCCAAGGUAGGUGGUAGCAGGCAGACACUCUUGUGAAUGUGCACAGUUAUUUGCGAUGAUGACAGACCUUUUUUAAUGUGCUACUGCAGCUCGCGGUGUGACCAUGGUCACAACAGAUACCACACCAAUUAAAACAAUACAGCUAAUGCAUCCAGCUAAUUUUAUGGGCAUAAGUAGGCCUACCGUGAAUUAUACACCUCUUCGCCUUCAAAAAAUAUCAAUUAAAAACAAUGGUCUCUGACCAUCAGCUUCAAAGUUUGAUUAUCCAGUCUAGGCUAUGUUUAUGAUAUUAGCUGAACUUGCUAUUUUAAUUGUGUCAUAUUUCUAACCAUUCUCUCUAUUUUCAGCUACAACAGCCUUUUUAAGCUAUGUGAUGAGAUUAGAGUAGAUGGACAGCCGACAGUGCCCUGCUGCCACCCAGUCAGUAGCAGCUGUAGCUGCUCGAUGUCUAAAAGCACCAGUGUGAAUGUUCCAAAGUCGGAAUAACGGGAGUUUUUUUUCCCUCGUUCUGCUGACAUGGCGUGAAUGCAGCACAAGAUUUUUGGCCCUUCAUGGUUCAUGGCUCCCUGUUCCUGCUGUUGUCUUUACUGUUGGCAAGAUGUUUACAGAUCUACCUACCCAGGUAACAGCUUAUGCAUGUUUACUGAAAUCUACAGAGAUGCAUUGACUGUGUGGAGAACAUUUUAACGAAAAGGAGAUACACCUCAAGUCAACUUUAUGUUAGGUUGUCCAGACUGCUGCAGCGUCUGUACAGUCAGGACAGACAGAGCUCAAGUCAGCGUUGUUGACAUUCCACUAAAAGAGAGUGUGAGUAAAUCUGAAAUCUGCUGAUUCCAGGUCUGCAGUUUGGGAAAAUGUGCAAUAAUACCUCAAGCUAGUUUUAAUACGACAAUGACAGUGUUGUGUUUGCGCUACGUGUCAGGUAUCGAAUGCAGUAACUCAUUUUAAAUCAAACAGAUGCACAAAAGUGAUGAGUCACCACAAGUGCACAGUAAUCCUAGAAUCUAAAAUGGCAAGAGCAAAGGUUAUGUAGAUAUUUACAUUAUUUCUUUACAUUGUUUUCCAUGAGAGGGACCUAAGAAAACAACUUUUUGCACAUCAUUUUUUAUACAAAAAGUUUUCCCUACCUUUCUGUACCAGGGACCGAGGCCAGUGGAACGACUGUAGAUAGAACGACAGUGUGUGUUGAUGUUUUCUUUAUAAACUAUCAUAGUAAUUUAUGGAGGAAAAAAAAAUCUGUUUAUUGUCAUUGUGUUGGACAUAUUUCAAUAUUUUUCUUGUGAUGGUUACAAAACCAAUGUGAACAGUUUUUAUGAUCUUUGAAAUCUUUAAAAACUACUUAAUUUACAUAAAAGCUGGUGAAACUUUGAUUUAUCAUUUUCAAAGAGUGAACACAAAAUGUGAAUAUUAUUGUCUCUUAAAAUGGCUUAAUUGAAUUUUACUGUUGUUUUGUGUCAUUAUGACAUGUACAUAUUGAUUUUGUCAGAAGGUGCAGAUGAGGUUGGAGUAACAGGAAAAGCUGAUGCCAUCAGACGCCUCCAGUGGUUUAUCAUGUGAUUCUGUAGGUUUAUAGCUGUGUUAUGGAGGCUGUAUAUACAGCACAGAGAUUAACGUUGUAGUAUUAGUACGUUUAACACUCACAAUAUUGUCAAAAUUCAUGGAAAGUGGUUCAGUUUGUUCUGAAUGUUAAAUGUGGCAUCCAUGAAUUAUGAGUAGGAUCACUGACGCUCUAAUGCUUAAAGGACCACUACGACAUUUUAGAUAAACCUUGUUCUCUGUCCUCUCUAAAGUCAGAUGUUUCAGAUGGAUCAGUUUCAUCUCUGUGUGUCCAGUAUGGAGAUGGGUCCAGGAUGCGUUUAGCCUAGCUUAGCACAAACACUGGAAGCAAAAAAAAAAACCUUCCAACAACUCCAAAGCUGUCCAAUUUAAAUUUUGUUUAAUCUUAUUAAUUGAACAGGUGUAGAAAUAGAAAUAUAAAAAGAAGAAGUUGUAGUUUUAAAGGAUGUGUUUAGCUUAGUUGGCACAAAAUUGGAAGCACAGGGAUGAUAUUACCGUCCCUAGAGCCAUGUCGCUGGUGUGGCUAAAAAAAUCCCCACUUUCUAACAACUCCAAAGCUGUCUGAUUUACAUGUUGUAUCCUGUUAGCUAACAAUCUAGUCAUCAAUCCAACAAUUUGCGAACUGCCUCAAGAAAGAGCCAAAAGCCUAAAAUGAAGGAGGCUGGCUGAUACACUUCCUCUCUGGCAGAACAAAAAUUGCAACAGAAAAGGCAUUUUUCACGGAAGACAUUUUGACAUGUCACAGUAGGAAAUGCAGAGGUGUAAAUGAUGAAAUUAAUAUUGGCCGAAUUCCUUUUGGUUGCUUUGGUUUCAGGGUCCUGGCAUGCUGGCUAACUUUCAUACUGUCAUGGCUUACUGGGACACUUGAGUCAAACAGAACCUUUGUUAAAUGCCAUUAGUAACAUCUGUGCUUUUCCUACUAUGACAAGUCAAAAUGUCUGCUGUGAAAAAGGCUUAUAGAAAUCUGAAGUGAAACCAAAACUCGGGGUUCUAUUCCACAAGUAAGAAAAUCAAAUUCAAAAUAACAGUGACAUUUUUAAUAACGCAAAUUAAUAAAAUACAACCAACGGUAUUCGGUGGAGUGGUUUAGUGAACAUUCAGAUGCUCUGUAGGAUGGUUUGUGGUCAAGUGUGAUAGGGGAUCCAGUAUUUUAUCCAGUGUUCCAUGCGUUUUCUAAAAUAUGUCUUCGUUAGAGGGAAAGCAAAUUCUUGUUAGUGAUGUAGCUAGCUUUAUGUCUAGUGUUUGCCAAUUCGUAGUGUGAAUGGGCCCUUCAGGGUUAGACUUUCAGUAGUAAUCAGGGUAGCCAAUGGUGGCUACCAUUGUUCUAACCAGCAGUGACUGACGUCAACGUCAUUUUUAAUCAACACAGAAGCUGUAGUAGUGGUUGCUAGGAGCAGUUAUCUUGUCGAUUCAAGAAGCAUGUUGAUUUAAGA